UUUGUUUUACAGAAUGACAAGUCUGAAUGAGUGCUCAUCCAAGACUGGGGAUUCCGUACUUUUUGCCAGGGGCUUGUAGUUGCUGAACCCUGCUGCUGCCUUUAGAGAAUGGAUUUUCAUUCAAACAUUUGCACCUUUUCUGUCCAUCAUUAUGUGGAGAAACUUCAAGCACCAACAUCCUUGUCAUGAUGUAGCAAAAGCUUACUGUAAGAAGUGGCUGAUUUGUCACAUCAGCACCAUCAGAGGUGAAGAACAUCCAUCGUAACGAGAUCUAAUGUUGAUUAGGACUGUCAGGGUCAGAGAGGCUGAUGUUUGAUCAAAUUGCCUUUAACAGAUUAUCUUCAUUGUAUGUGUUUCAUUUGUCAAAAAUUGCACACUACAUACAGCUGCAGUCAUCUUCUUUUCUGUGUUUGCACCAGUAGAUGAACAACAGUAACAAUGGCAGAUAGCACAUUGAUGUUUGUGCUGCUUACCUUUUUCAGCAUAUACAUACAUAAACAUUCAUCCAUCCAUCUGUUAUCUUUUACCCACUUCUUCCUUUCAGGGUCACAGGGGUCACUUGUGCCCACAUCCAGCAGUCACUGUGUGAAGUGCAGGGUACACACGUGUUUUUUUCUUCAACUAGAACUCCAGCAAAAGAAGACAGCUGAAGAUGGGUUGGGAUGCUGGAUACGAGGCCAAUGGCACUGAGGGCAAAAACUUCUACAUCCCCAUGUCCAACAAAACUGGAAUUGUCAGAAGUCCUUUUGAAUACCCUCAGUACUACAUGGUGGACUCCAUGGUCUACAAGGUUCUAGCUUGCUACAUGUUAUUCCUGAUCUGCACCGGGACUCCCAUCAACGGCCUGACAUUGUUCGUAAUGGCUAAGAACAAGAAGCUCCAGCAGCCUCUCAACUUCAUCCUGGUGAACCUGGCUGUAGCCGGCCUCAUCAUGUGCCUCUUUGGCUUCACCAUCACCCUUACAUCUGCUGUUAACGGCUAUUUCAUUCUUGGACCCAUUAUGUGUGGUAUUGAAGGAUUCAUGGCCACACUUGGAGGACAAGUUGCCCUCUGGUCCCUGGUUGUUCUGGCUAUCGAGAGGUAUAUUGUUGUGUGCAAACCCAUGGGGAGCUUCAAAUUCUCUGGAACUCAUGCUGGCGCCGGAGUCCUUUUCACUUGGAUCAUGGCUCUUGCUUGUGCUGCACCCCCACUUUUUGGGUGGUCCAGGUACAUUCCUGAGGGCAUGCAGUGCUCCUGUGGACCAGACUACUACACUCUAGCUCCAGGCUUCAACAACGAGUCAUACGUCAUGUACAUGUUUUUCAUUCACUUCUUCAUUCCCGUCUUCCUCAUUUUCUUCACUUAUGGGAGCCUUGUAUUGACAGUAAAAGCUGCAGCGGCCCAGCAGCAGGAAUCAGCUUCUACCCAGAAAGCUGAGAAGGAAGUGACACGUAUGUGUGUUCUGAUGGUCUUUGGCUUCUUGGUAGCUUGGACUCCGUAUGCRACCUUCGCCGGCUGGAUCUUCUUGAAUAAAGGAGCUGCUUUCACUGCUCUGACGGCGUCCAUCCCUGCUUUCUUUGCAAAGAGCUCAGCGCUGUACAACCCUGUUAUCUAUGUGUUGUUUAACAAACAGUUCCGUAACUGCAUGCUGUCCGCUGUUGGAAUGGGCGGCGUGGUGGAGGACGAGACCUCUGUUUCAACAAGCAAGACAGAAGUUUCAACUGCUGCUUGAGCAUCACGUGUCUUGAUCAGGACGACUUCUUCACGUUCAUGAGCACAUCCYCCAUAGAUUGCUCUCGUAUUUGAAAUGAGCCCAGUCAAACAUGUUCUUGAACUUUUGCCAAAGGAAUUCGUGGACUCGACAACUCUGGACCAAACGUGCAAAGGAAUUCGAUCUCCUCUGGUUAUAUGCGUACAGUGGCAAGUGCAAAUUUAUUUUGAAAGCUCUCUUGUACAGAACUUGUUUGGAUGUGCGUUUGUGAGUGAGUGAAUGAGAGAAAAAAAGAGGGAUUUGGUUGAACUUUAGAAUGUUGCAACUUAACACAUAAGCUGGAUGGUGGGCAUGUUGGUGCUGGUUUGCCUGUUGUUUUAUUUUUAUGUAUUUCAUGAAAAACAAACAAAAAAAUACUGUGUUGACUAGAUAAUAAAUGCAUGCAUAAAAAA